GCAGCGGGCACGGUUUGAAUCCUGUACGCGCACGUCUCGCCUCCCCAUGGUACAACAUCAGCUGAACGUGGACUCAAACUGACGCUAGGAGGAGUAUCUAGACAUGAAUUCAAACUCGUCAUCCUCUUAGAAGUACUAUUAUGCCUCAAGCGGCGUCUUUUCAUCUGCGUAAUAUCGCUUAUUAGAUACUGCAACUCUACUGUAUACGUUUAUGCGAAGGGGUUUUAAGGUAAGGCUUCGUUGCUCUUCCAGAAUUUUGUGGCCCAAUCCAAUCAAGACCUGUAUUGUUGGCAUGAACAUCUAGAAAGGUUCACAAGUUUGAUGAUAUAUCCAUGACAUCGCCUUAUUUUGACGAGCCAAGCGGGCCAAGAUGGCUGAUUUCGUACCUGCCGCCGUUCGGAAACUUUAAUGGCUCCGCCAUUGAUGAAUCUACCCUGGAGUGCCAAGUCGAAAGCGUAUAUAUGAAGACUGCGCCAGCUCUCGAUUUCCUGCUUCUUCAGCAUUCGCUACGAAAGGCUGUCACUCUUUUCUGACGUUUUAAUCGAAUUCUUCCUGUAGAACUACUUUUCUAUUGUCUAGUUCGUCUGUUUUCAACUCUCAUCAUGAAGUUCUCCACAGCAGCAUCGCUGGGCCUCGCAGCCGCUCAAACAGCUAGCGCAAGAUACGUACUCUAUGUCGACCAGUGAGUAUUAUUUUUGGAGGAAGUUGAUAGCGAAGCCAUGCUAAUAAAAUUUAGAUAUCAUCUUACAGAACUUCCAAACAAGACUAUGGCUGCCGGAGUCGACCAUGUAAUCAUGGCAUUCGCCAACUCAUCCCUUUUCACAACUUCACCACCAGGUGUUUACACACCAUUUGAGCCUGUCGAAACAAUGAGAGCACGUUUCGAUCCAGGAACCAAAGUCUCCAUUGCUAUUGGAGGAUGGGGUGAUACUGCUGGUUUCUCCGAAGGAGCUAAAACCGAGGAAUCCCGUGCUACAUAUGCCGCCAACGUUGCCGAUAUGCUUAAUAGCUUGGGAUUCGAUGGUGUCGACUGCGAUUGGGAAUACCCAGCAGGAAAUGGAGAGGACUACCUGCGAAAUCCAAACUCCGGCAAGGUCGAUGAGAUUGAGACCUACCCUCUUCUUCUUAAGGCCAUCAAGCAGGCCAUCGGAGACAAAGAACUUUCCCUUGCUGUUCCCGGAAAGAAAGUUGACAUGAUCGCCUAUACUCCAGAGAAGACCCCUGCGAUCUGGGAGUCAUCUGACUUCGUCAACAUCAUGACAUACGACAUCAUGAACCGCCGAGACAAUAUCACCAAACACCAUACUAGUGUUAAGGAUAGCAAAGAUGUCGUUGACUACUACUUGGACGUCCUUGCCCUUCCAGCUGAGAAGACCAAUCUUGGAAUUGCAUUCUACGCCAAAUACUUCACCACCGACCCAGCAUUCCCUUGCGAGACUGGUCUUGGAUGCAGAACCGUGUUGCUCGAGAACCCAACUGAUGGUUCUGAUACUGGAAAGAGUGGCGCCAUGACCUUCGAGAAGGAGAACUACGCAACUGCAGCAGCAAACUUGACCGAGAGUCCAGAUGGAAGCUGUGGUGCUGCGGCCGGCCACUUCUGCUCGGCAGGAAACUGCUGCUCAUCAUCUGGUUUCUGUGGAAACUCCCCGGCUCACUGUGGUAUCAACUGUCUUUCUGACUACAGUGUUUGCCCCCAGUUGUCCGUUACCGCUCUUUUCCGUGAUGCUAUGGCAAAUGGCAAGGCCGAUACUGUUGAAGGUGGCCAAUACUACUUUGAUGCCGCAAAUAACAUUUUCUGGACCUGGGAUACUCCUGAGUUCAUUGCCCAGAAAUUCGAGACUAUCAUCAAGGCACGAGGUCUUGGUGGUGUCAUGGCAUGGUCUGGAGGAGAAGACUCCCACGAUUGGAGCCAUCUCGCUGCUAUCCAAAAGGGUGCUGCCUCUUUGGGUUUGUCUGGUAAGACUGGUACUACUUCCGAGGAGGAGUGCGAAAAGGAUGAUGAGCCAGAGGUUCAAAAGCGUUCGUUCCGAAGCUUCAAAGCAUAAAUCUAGCCACUCAUGUAAACCAUUAAUACCAGUCUCCUUUGUUCGUUAGUCAUUCUGGGGGCAGUUUUUACCAUAGUUAAAAAAACAUAUCAAUUGCCAACCCUCGAAAAGAGGCUGAAUUCA